UGCCGCCGCCGAGCGCACGUAGCGGCUGCCUGGCCGCCGGCUUAGUAGUAAGCCAUCGCACUCCGAUAUAGCGUCUUCUCUUGUCUGGCUGUUUGAUGCUAAUGUUGCGGGCAUCAAACUAGGGCCCCGUUGCCGGAGCGCUCAUGCCUCAGCCCGAAAGGAUGGACCCGACUAGCUGCGGCAGGGAUGAAGAUGCUGGCCAGGUGGAGGGUGCUCGGACUCUCGGAGUCUCAGGUCGCCGCGCAUCAGUCUACAAGAUCAGUCGUCGGAGUUCGUCCGAGCUUGGAUUAAGGAGCUACGAUAACGAAGACGGUGCCUGCGCUGUAGCCGCAACUCCCGACCCCGUGGAUUUGGAGGUGAUGGGGACGCCCGCUGUAGCUUCAGAGAGUUCUCGGUCUCGAAGUCUCCACGUUGCUUCAGCCACGGGAUUUGCGGGCAGCGAGAGUCCUCCGGAGGCCGUCUCGUCACGCCCUCUGCUCUCUUCCACGGAAAGCCGCCAAGAUCGCGAACACUGGGAACAAGAGGAGAACGAAGAGGCUGAGACCCGGGCCGUGGCCACGUCUCCGGACGGUCGUUUUCUCAAGUUUGACAUCGAGAUUGGCCGCGGCUCCUUCAAGACUGUUUACAAAGGGUUAGACACGGAGACCACUGUCGAAGUGGCUUGGUGCGAGCUGCAGACACGGAAACUGUCCAAAAUGGAAAGGCAGCGCUUCAGUGAGGAGGUAGAGAUGCUGAAGGGACUCCAACACCCUAACAUUGUCCGUUUCUAUGACUCAUGGAAGUCUUCCAUCAAAGGACAAGUCUGCAUUGUACUGGUGACAGAACUCAUGACCUCGGGGACCCUCAAAACAUAUUUGAAGCGAUUCAAGGAGAUGAAGAUGAAAGUUCUUCAGAGAUGGAGCAGACAGAUUCUUCGAGGACUCCAUUUUCUACACACACGAUCCCCUCCAAUCAUCCAUCGGGACCUGAAAUGUGAUAAUGUUUUUAUUACAGGACCUACUGGCUCAGUUAAAAUUGGAGAUCUUGGUCUGGCCACACUCAAGCGUGCUUCAUUUGCCAAGAGUGUCAUAGGAACCCCUGAAUUCAUGGCUCCAGAGAUGUAUGAAGAAAAAUAUGAUGAAGCAGUGGAUGUUUAUGCCUUUGGCAUGUGCAUGCUUGAAAUGGCAACCUCAGAAUACCCCUAUUCAGAAUGCCAGAAUGCAGCUCAGAUCUAUCGUAAGGUUACUUCGGGUAUGAAACCAAACAGUUUUUACAAGGUGAAAGUGCCUGAACUAAAGGAGAUAAUUGAGGGUUGUAUCCGAAUGAACAAAAAUGAAAGAUAUACUAUCCAGGAUCUUCUGGACCACUCCUUCUUCCAUGAGGAUACGGGAGUCCAUGUUGAACUGGCUGAAGAGGAUGAUGGUAUUAAGACCACUUUGAAGCUUUGGCUACGGAUGGAUGACACUAAAAAACUGCAUGGGAAGUACAAGGACAACAAUGCCUUGGAGUUUUACUUCGAGUUAUAUAAGGAUGUGGCUGAGGAAGUUGCCCAAGAAAUGGUGGUUUUAGGCUUUGUGUGUGAGGCAGACUACAAGCCAGUGGCCAAAGCUGUGCGAGAGCGAGUUCUUGCUAUCAAGCGCCAGCGUGAGAAGACCAAACAAGCUCAGGAACAGCAGAAGCGUCAGGAGCAAUCUCUGGCAAUGACUCCUGAUAUCCUGCAUUUGCUGGACCUGGAUUCCCCCUCGCCUCUCAGUCCUAUCCAGACCUCAACCCCCACUACACCGGGGUCCGCUGAUUCUGCCCUUGGAUCAACUUUUCCCCCAGAGCCAGAAGAGCCAGAGGUUGAUCAGCACCAGCCAUUCCAGUAUCAUCCUAAUUAUUCCUCUACCACAUCUGAUUGUGAAACUGAUGGAUACUUAAGUUCUUCUGGAUUUGUGGAGUUGCCUGACAAGCUGCAGAGUCAUUCUAGCCCAGUAACUGUUUUGGAACAUUCCUUUGCUUCGACCAUUGCUGUGAGCCUGGAUCCUGUCUCCAUCAGUGACAUCUCUUCCCCUGUCGACAGUUACACAUCUGAUGUGGCAUCUGGCUUGAGUGAUGGCUAUGAGGGUCUCUCUGCAAGUGAGGACAGAUCAAAGUCCCUUGCCAAGCGAGGCUCUGGAAGGCUGCUGCGCCGUCGUGCUCGAUCUCGUCUGCGCAUUACCAAUAUGCCAAAUCAGAAUGAUCAAAUAGUUGAGUGUCAACUACAAACAUAUAAUAACAAGAUGGUCACCUUCAAAUUUGACCUGGAUGGAGACAAUCCUGAGGAAAUCUCAGCUGUCAUGGUUGCCAAGGAAUUUAUCCUGAAAUCUGAACAGGAACGAUUCAUCCAGGGAAUUCAUGAUAUUAUCCAGCGUGUAGAAGCACUCCUCCAGAAGGAUAAGUUGAACAAAGAACAGGGUCCUCUGGGCAAACCUGAUGUGCAAUGUAUAUCUCCUACUUCAGCUACUAAUGCUCUCUCAGCUGAGUUGCCACUGCAAGACCUCUCGUGUUCCAUCUCUUCAUCCUCAUCUCUUACUGAUUUUGGUUGCCUUAGUUCAGGACAGCCUGUGUCAUCACCUAUCCAUACUUCAGUGGUGGAUGCAAUUUCUGAGAAUGAGCCCUUUAGCCCCACCGUUCCCCCAUCAGCUACCCAAAACGUUGGGCAACCACUGCUCUCAACUACAUCUGCAGGUGUCACCAGUAUACCUGCACAGACCUGGCCAACUUACCAUAUAUAUCCAGGGACUCCUACAACACCCUCUUACCUUGUCCCCAUCCCUCAACCAAUUUCACCACCAAAUUCUGUUCUCCCCACAUUACCCCCAACCACUUCCAUUGCCCCAUCCAUUGGAACUGCUGUGCAUGCACCACCUAUCCCCAUGUGGCCUCCCUCUACUUCCCCAUUGUUCUCCCUUGCCAAUGUCUUCUCUUUGGCUAUGAUGAGUAUGGCCCAAUCACUUCUACCAGCAGUAUCAGUAGGGACUGCCCAGACAGGGCCUCUCUAUACCUCUCCAGUCCCACAGCCACCAGUUCUGUGUCCACCAACCCCAACUACUGUACGUUUUAUCUAUCCUGAGCUGGUGUCUUCCCCCAAACCAGUUCACUUAGCCAAUGGGAUGUUGGGGCCAGUGGUGUCUCCAGGCUUUAAGCCAUCUCCAGUCACCUCAGUUGCUGGGAAUUCUGAAAACAAUCCAGUAACUCCUGUUUCUUCCUGGUCUGGAUCACAAUUAACCAUAUCAGAUCUAUCUACCUCCAAUGGUUCCUCUGCUGAACACACAACCAUCAGUGAAGGAGACCCCAAGCCACAAAUCCUGGGGCGUUUCCAGGUGACACCCACACGGAAUAUCCCAUCAGAAUCUUCCCACAAAGGCAAUGGACCUGACAUCUCAAGUACUUCUGAAUCUGAUAGUGGAUCUCCUGGUGAAACACCUGUGCAGGAAGGCGAGGAGGGCACCACUCCUGUGGCAGAGGGAGAGGGGGAAGGAGAGACUACACAUAGCAACAUCGUUUGGAUGAAUUAUAUACACAGCCCUUCCUACCCCAGUAGUGAUGAUUCAGACAGCACAGAAGAAGAUGAUGAUGAUGUCUGGGUUGAACUACAAGCCUUGCGCCAGAAGCAUCUCUCUGAAGUGGAAAAGCUCCAGGCCCAGCAGAAACAGGAAAUAGAGGAGCUUUAUGCCCGCCUUGGCAAGGUGCCACCUGCUGGAAUUGUAUCACCUGCCACGAUACUUUCUAGUCGCCAACGCCGCCUCUCUAAGGGAAGCUUCAAUCCCUUGAGGCGCAGCAGCCUACAGCGCCCAGACACAGCGCAGCCCCAAGGGAUCAUGAGGAGAAAUUCUGUGAGUGGCAGCAGCCUUGCCUCCCAGGAACAGCGACAAAGUAAAGGUGUAAAGUUUGCUAGUGAUAUUGGAUGUCUGGUAAGGAAUGGAGUAGACCAGCAGCUGGCUGGAAAUUCUGGGAGUUAAAGUUCACACGUCUUAAGUUUGAGAAACACUAGAAUGUUUCAAGAAUGUUUGCUCUGGGCCAGCAAUUAACUAGCCUCUGUUGAGCAGGCAAGUCUUGUGCAACCCACCUUGCCUUUUUCUUGUUUGAAGAAAUUAGAUCAAUCUUUCCCCAUGCAUGGUAUCUACAGGUAUGUUUGCUGCCUUAAGUUAUAUAUAAAAGUUGAGAUAAAAAAAUAUAAUAAUAAGCUGCCUUUUGCUAUUGACUGGUGAUGAUUUUGGCAAUGGUAUUAAAGUGGCGCUCCAGUGGUUUUGCACCUAAGGCGCCUAUUACUAUUGGUAAUUUGCUUUCUUUUGCCAGUCAUUCUAUUUUGCAGGUCUACGGUCAGUUUCUGUUUUUGUCCAGUUCUUUCUCUUCUAUUCUACUGUCUCCAAGUACUGCCAUAUCCAAUAUCCAGACUUCCUUGUUUUUCUUUUCGAUAAUUGUUAAGCCUAUUCUGUCUGUUUAAAUUUUAUAAUCCCAGAGUACGGUUUUAUUUUUUAUUAUUUUUUUUCUAUUUUGUGGUCAGUCAAUUGCAAAAGGCAGCUUUACUUUGGAACAGCUUAUAUCUUGCGAUGUUACUUUUAAUACAGUCAAACAACAUCUGCCUAUCACAGGACCUUGGGAAGGACUUGAUAGGUGGGCAAAAAUGCCAAAUCUAGUCUAAACAACUGACUCACUGCGUAGUCCAUCAUAAUAUGUAAUAUAGAUCAGGACCCCAUAAGAGUCAAACAACAGAACUUGAAUGCAGCACACUAAUUUUCAAAAGUUUCAGAAAUAAAAACACAGGUGUAAGUAUAUGUAUUUAUUAUUUUGCUAUAGUAAUCAAAAUAUGAUGACCAAAUCCAUGUUUAAUAUUUCAGUACAGAAAUUAGAAUAAUGGUAUUCAUUAAUAACACUUGAAAUCUUUUCUCCAAAUUUCUAGUUAUGUGUAGCAUAAAUAGGAGCUUGAAAUUCUCAAGUAUCAAAUUCUGGCUAAAGAAAUCAUGCCAUUAUAUAAAUCUUCCUUAGACUGUCUGGAUUGAAUGUACUAAGCAUGGUUUCUUAGACACAUAUUAAUAAAUAACAUGUAACACCUCUUCUGGGUUACAUCUAGCUAUCUAUUUAGAUCUGAUAGGAAAGGCAUGUUAUGGUCCAAUCUGCUAAAGAUUUCCAUCUGAUGGCACCUGAGCAACAAGCCUUUUCUGCCAUAGCACCCAUAACACUUUGGAGUAUCAUUCCCUCAAGGCAAGAUUUGACUCAAUCCUAUUGGCAUUCCAGAAAUCUCUUUAAAAGUGGUAUUUUUCCAGCAGGCUUGAGGACCCUAUAAUAACAGAGAGCCCAUGAAAUAAUGUAUGUGGGAUUUGAUGCAUUUUAAGUUCAUUGUUUUAAUUAUUAUUUAAAAGUUGGUUUUAGGUUAAUUGUUUUUAAUCUGACAAUAGCCUAACAAUAACCAUUGUUUUAAUGGUUAUUUAAAAAUUGUUUUAUUAGUUUUAUUAUACACCACCCAGAGUCACAUCAUUGAGAUGGGCAGCUGUAUAAAUUUGAUAAAUGAAAUAAACCACACAUAUAUUGUGCUAAAUCAGAUCUAUUAAACCAUGUAAUAAGAUUCAAAUAUCAUGUGAAUCCAGAAGUGAACCACUUGUGACACUCCAGAAUUAAAACUUCCAUUAGCCCUAGCCAGCAAUACCAAUAGCAAGGCAUGUUAUGAGUUGAAGUAUAGUAACAACUGAGUAAUAAGGAUGAUCUUAUUAUAACCUCUACAAAAAUGAUGCAUUUUUAUGGCUUAACACAUAAAGUAAAACCAUUUCAUCAACCAGCAAUAGACAUCCAAUGUUUGCUAUUUAAAAUUCAUUGUUCUCACAAAUUAUUUUUUAUUUCUUCAGUAAGCAGACCAUUGGUGGAUACUUUUGUGGAUUCUACCUCAGCCUGCUGCCCAUCCUCAAAAGGAUGGAAUAAAAGGGCCUUCUGCAACAUACGCCUUUUGCUCUGUUUAUAAGGGCAGGCACUAUUAUUCAGUAUGGCAAAGAUAUUUUGAUAAAAGGAAUAGAAUUGAUUUCUCUGAGGAUUGUGUCUGCACCAAUCAAGUAAGGAUGACAACACUUCAGUGCUACUGAGUUUCUAAGCUUCAGAUAUGCAAAAGGAUGCUGAACCCCUGCAAUUUGGGAGGAUUUCUCAUGAAAAUGUCAAGAUGUGCAUGCUUUUCUGCUGCUUCUGCCUUAUAAAGGAAUUCAAUUAAAAUAGAAGCAAAGUGAGCCCUAUGGGAUCUUUCGUGCUCUGGAGUGGAAUCCUUAUGCUUCAAGUCUUAUUGGUCUAUGUGCCUUGAUAAGAGGAAGAUCGACUUAGAAUAGAUCUUACUUGCUCUCCUUAAUUCCCAAAGCCACCUCAAGCUUCUCUAAAUUUUUAAACAGCUGUCUUAUGGGAAAUGACUAUGCCGUAGUCUUAAAAGAAAUAGGUCCUUUUCUCAUUACUUCAGCUGCAAGUUGAGCCCCAACAGCAGUGGCAAUCUACUUGAUCUCCUCUGCACUUUUGGAAAAAUUUGCCUUGAUUGAGGUUCAACUUUUCUUACAAGGGUAUCUGCACUUUGGAGUGAAAGCCUUGUACAUGAAGCUGUACAUCUAUUGUAAUAUAUAUAAAGACAGGCUUUGAAAGGAAAGCUGAUAUUGCAUAAGGCAACACCAACUGGCCAAAAUAAAAAAUGUGAACAAUGAAAAUAAAUAAACAUAAUUCCGAAAAAAACAGUCCAGAUUCUUUGACCCUUUUCCCCUCUCUCUUCCCUGUACAAUACUUACUAUUAUAUUUCGAGCUCCCCAUUGAGGUUGUGUUCAGGCCAAGAGCUUUUAGGAGAGUAUUCCUUUUUCCUCCAUUUAGAUUCAAAAAAUGAGAAGCAGGUAGUGAAAAAACAAGGGUUGCAAGUAGGAAACAAUGGCAUUGAUCCAUACCUUCCCCCAAGUAUUUCUGUUAAUAAGGCAGGCACUAGCACAAUAAAAUAUUUAUUAGGAAGCUAGUACUUUGGGAUCUAGAAGCUGUUUUGAAUCCCCCUCUCACAGAGCAAGGAAGGCUGCAUUCCUGCACUGAGGGGUGAUCCCACCUCUCUUGACUUCCAGUUCUGCACAUCAGCAUUAUUGGUAGAGGCAAAAACAAAACAAAAAACAACCAUUGCUGUUGAAGAUUUCUAGUUUUCCAUUUCCUUGGUGUUAUAAAUACAUAAAUGUGCAAAAAAGCAGCAAAUUUAUGGUAAUAGUGAUACAGAUGAAUUCAGCUCCGUUAUCAUCAGCAGAACUUCCAAGGGAAUAAAAGAGAAAGAACUAUAAAAUGCACCUCUUCUCAAUACUGACACAAUCCAAGAAAGCAUUGCAUUCUACUUUUUCUUGUUGCCCCCAUUUCCAAUAAAAUGAUUUUAAUAAUAAACCUCUUUGAUGCAAAAGGCACAUUCUACAGUAAAAGAAAUAUAUUUAUAAAAACUACCAUAGCUGGGAUAUACCAAAGAUGAACAAUCUCAUGAUCAAAACUCUUUAUAAGCAGAGGAGAGAAUCUAACAGAAACAAUAAAGACAAAUGGAUGAAAUUUGCAAUGGGAGAUAUCUGAGUGAAAGCAACAAGCAGGAACUGUCACACAUUUCAACUAUUUAGGUAGUUUACUCUCCAAGAAUGUGGUAGAGUGUUAUUGGGCUCAAUCCUGUUUGUUUGGUUCAUAUAAAUAGAUUGCUGGGCACUCUAGAGAAAUAGAAUUAGAAGGUUAAGCUAUAAUUGCCCUAAUUCUAGACUUGAAAAUAUUCUAGAAUUCUAAUAAGAGGGGAAACUCUUGCUAUUGAAAUCUGAAUUGCAAACAAAUAAUAUAGGGGAAAUUUUCUAUAAAAAAGAAAAUUCUUUUCUUUGAACUUUAAAGAAAUAUGCAUUUGAUAAAUGCCUUGUCUGGCUUCUAGUCAAUUACUGGUUUAAUGAUUCACUUACUCUAAACAUGUAAGAAACAAUAAGAGCAACAAUACAGUUGUCAGAGUAGCACAUCAAAAAGUAUAUGGCCUGGAAAUGAACUGCCAAAGCCUGCUAGAAUUCUGCUUAA